UGUAAAUAGAGAACACUAGUAGCUUUACCUAUUAAGUUAUUGGAUGUUAUAAUUUCGCACGGGAACUCUGUGCUGUAUCUAGUGAUAGAUCUUGUGCCUUAUUAAAUUAUUUUAGGUGAUAUAAAAGAAGCUUAUAGAUUCUACAAUAUUCAAUAUAACUAUAGGAAGUGGAAAUGGAGGGUAUCUAUAAAAUCAAUUUGAUACCGAACGAUCUGAGUAUGGAAGGGACCAUAUUGCAGAUCGCUGACACUUUGGACAAUCUGAAUGGAAUAGUUGACGACGUGUUUACGCGUAUAAUGAACAGAAUUAAUUCUAACACGGAAAAGACGUCUAAACUCCAGGAACGGAUCACUUUAUGCAGAACUAAAGUGGAGACGAUUGCCGGAAUGCAGACGGCAAUUAAAGUGUUUUCCAGCGCGAAAUAUCCAGCUUCGAUCGAACAUGAAAAUUACCAGUCGAUUUUCGAUACGAACAGUUACCACUAUGAAUCAAAAAAGGUUGCUCUGAGUGGGAAGUCUCAGAGGCAGUCCAAUGAAAAGGCGAUUAAGGAAAAACUCCACUUCUUCCACGUGAAAGUAGCUGAACCUAAACCAGCAAAACCCAAACAGGAUUUCAAUUUGAAAGCUGUAAUAAACGAUGUGUCGACCGUGGGUGAGCUGCUGGUCUACAACAGUGAGGAGAGUCCGUACUUGGGAGCUGCGAGCAAGACUCCCGUCUACGUCCCCAGCGUCAGUACGAAUGUGGUGAAGAACGUGUUGGAAGAUGCGCCGCCGUCGAUCAUGAACAGGAACAUUCUGAAGAGGGAAAUAGACGAGUACAUGUACGCGCCCGGCAUGGGAAUGGUACCGGAGAUGGACAUGCCACUCGAUCUGCCGCAUCUGCCCGGAAUAGCUGGGGACGUCCAAUUCCUUAUAACGAGCGACGGUUCCAUUGCCCCAUCGGCCAUCUCGUCACCAGUUAACCCAUUGAACCUGGUGCCUGAAUUAGAAUUACCGGAACUGCCAGAUUUGCAAGAUGUUAGUGACACUGUUCUGGAUAUACCUGACACAGCACCGGUUCCGGCUCCAGCCGCCCUAGUACCACCUGCCAUGCCUGGACCACCUGCCAUGCCUGGGCCAUCUGACAUGCCUAGUCCACUUAACUUGCCCGGACCACCUAACGUGCCUGCGCCACCUAGCAUGCCUGCACCACCGCCUCCGCCACCGCCGCCGCCGCCGAUGGACAUUCAAACAACUAACGAGAGGAAGGAGCGAGCGGCGCCCACGCCCGCGCCCGUCGGCGACGCGCACGCGAGCCUCAUGGCCGCGAUCCGCCAGGCCGGCGGCGUGGGCCGCGCCAAGCUCAAGCCGGCGGCAGACACCGCAGAGGCAAAGGGCACCAAGUCGAUCGGCGGCGACCUGAUGGCGGACUUGCACGCCAAGCUGUCGAUGCGUCGGCGCGGCAUCUCCGGCGCCGAGCGCGCAGGCGGCACCGUGCUGCACACGCUAGCGAGCGUCAUCCCGGAGCCCACCGAGUCCUCGCCCCAGCAGUCCUCCAGCGGCGAAGACUGGGAGUAGACCAGGUUUUAAUGUAAUCUACCAUGUACUACAGAGCAGCGGGUUGAUUCGCUAACUCAGUGUCUAACAAUGAAUGAUAGCCACCGAGGUUGGAUGGUUCUACAUUGCUGCUUCACAAGGUUUUCGGGUGCUUCGUAAAAUAUUUUUUCGUAGAAAACCU